UUCGUCUUCUUCCUCUGCCUUUCUUCUUUACAAUUACAAGUGACAAUUACACUUCGAAAACUACAAAUCCAAAGCAUAAUCUCUAAUCUAGCAUAAUAGAAUUGAAAGUUCAGAUCUCCAAACGAUAAACAAAACAAAAGCAACAGUUAGCAAAAUUCUCUGACUUAUAAUACUAACAAUUACAAUUUGAUAAAUGAAUCUCUCUCUAUCUUCUUCCACUCUCUCAUCCUCUUCCUCUCCAUCCGCUUCUUCUUCUGCUUCUGCUUCUUCGAGUUCUUCAGCGACUUCGUGGUUCUCCGGCAUUGUUCGCGGCCGCUCUGACCGAUCUAGCAGUCUCAAAAUGGCUGCUAAUUCGUCCAGUUCUGAUAACCUCGGUCCAAUCAAGGCUAAAAACCAGUUCCGUGGCGUUCUCUUCAAGUACGGACCUAAGGCUAUUCAGGUUGCAUUUAAAACAGGUGAACAUAAACAACAAGUGGUUUUUAUUGGUGGAUUAACUGAUGGAUUCCUAGCUACCGAAUACUUAGAACCUUUGGCAAUUGCUCUGGAUAAGGAGAAAUGGUCACUUGUUCAACUACUUAUGUCAUCAUCAUAUAGCGGAUAUGGAACUUCCAGCUUGCAGCAAGAUGCCAUGGAGAUUGAUCAGCUCAUAAGUUAUUUGAUCAAUAAAGAAAAUUCUGAGGGUGUGGUCCUACUUGGGCACAGCACUGGUUGUCAGGAUAUUGUGCAUUAUAUGCGUACCAAUGCUGCGUGCUCCCGAGCAGUUCGUGCUGCCAUUUUGCAGGCUCCAGUUAGUGAUCGGGAAUACAAUGCAACUCUUCCUAAAACAGCUGCUAUGAUUGACUUGGCUUCAACUAUGAUAGCAGAAGGUCGAGGAUCAGAAUUGAUGCCUAGGGAAGCAGAUCCAUCUUCCCCAAUUACUGCUAGUAGGUAUCACUCCCUUUGUGCCUAUAUGGGGGAUGAUGACAUGUUCAGUUCUGAUCUUACUGAUGACCAACUGAGAAUGAGACUUGGGCACAUGUGCAACACACCUUGCCAGGUUAUCUUUUCCAUGGCUGAUGAGUACAUUCCAGAGUAUGUUGACAAGAAAGCAUUGGUUGAAAGAUUGUGCAGAGCAAUGGGUGGUGCGGAGAAAGUUGAAAUUGAACAUGGGAAUCACUCCGUCUCUAAUAGGGUGGGCGAAGCAGUGCAGGCAAUAAUGGAUUUUGUUAAAAGAGAGGGACCUAGUGGCUGGGAUGAUCCGUGGAACUAAUAUGGUGCGAUUUUUCGUUUCUUUGCAUUAUUUAUUUCUUUUGCUUUUAUCUCUCUUCUAUUUCUUCAUAUUGUUUUCCCGCAUUGGUUGUCGCUCAGCAUCAGUGUGGGCUUUUUUAUUAUCCUUAUUCUAGAGGCUGGGUGCGUUUCCCAAUCUAUCAUUUUGAAGUUAUGAUUUUUGUGGCACUGUGAUCUUUGUGGAGAAAGAGGAUAUUCCUGUUGCUUCUCUUUCCACACGUUUUAGCCCUAAUUGGCAUAGCUUUCUAGAGCAGAGAUUAUGAUUCUUUUCUAAAUAUAUUUUAUUUUUGUUUUGCA